CCGCGCUGGGAGAUGGGGCUGUGGGGCUGCAGGGUGCACUUUGGGUCGGUGGCUUCAUCCUGAGGGUUCAGCCAUGAGGCAGGUGAGGGCCACCAGCCUCAGCUACAAGGCAGCAGCGUGGCCUCUGCUCUCGCCCAUGGGGCUGCAGUUUUUGCAAGAGGCAUCAGCUUCAGUUGUGGGGCAGUAGCAAAGCCUGGUGGCCGCAGCUAUGGGGUGGAGGCGUUGGCAAUGGACCCCAUGGCUCUCAGUGCAGGGCAGUGCCAUGUCCCCAGGCAGAGGCUCUGGCUAUGGGAUGGGUUUUCAGCACUGACCCUGCUCCGUGUGUUCCCGCAGGCAAGAUGUGGGUUGCAGAGGGGCCGGCCCCGGCCCAGUGGAACCUGUGGGACAGGGCCCAUGCCCGACACGUCCUGGCCACGGCUGACGACCUCCGCGCCACGGGGCAGCUCGUGGACGUGUGCGUGGGCCCAGAGGGUGACAUGGCGCACGCUGUGGUCCUGGCCUCCGUCAGCUCCUUCUUCCUUCGCUUCCUGGAGGGAAGGAGCAGGGAGCAGCACCAGGCCCCCCCGCCCCGUGUCCCCCUGCCCCCCGGGGCCACGCUGUGGGGCUGGAGGGCCGUGCUCGCCUUUGCCUAUGGCGGAACCGUGCCCCGCGGCCGCAGGAAGGAGGUGGAGGAGGCUGCCCGGGUUCUGGGGGCCCCGCGGGUGGCGGCCGCCUGCGCCCUGUGCCUGGAUGGGGACUCCCAGGAGGGGGGUCCCGAGGCCCUGGAGGAGCAGUGGGAGACGCUCAGAGCCAUGGGGCAGCUCCACGCCAGGGGCCUGGGCUGCGACCUCCAGCUCCAGGCAGGGGACGAGGUCAUCGCAGUUCAGCGCCUGGCCCUGAGCUGCUCCUGCGACUUCUUCCGCGCGCUCUUCACGUGCCCCAUGCGGGAGGCCACGCACGACCCCGCCGCCCCGCUGGCCACGGGGCUGUCCCCCGCCGAGCUGCGCCUGCUCCUCGCCUUCGCCUACACCGGGGCCGUGGCCGGGCCCUGGGCCGCGGUGCUGGAGGCAGCCGAGACCUCCCUGCGCUACCAGGCCUGGGGGCUCCUCACGCUCUGCAUGGAUGUCUUCACCCGCGGCCUGACCCCGGGCACUGGCCCAGACGUCCUGGCCUUCGCCGUGGAUUACGGGCUGGCCCAGGUGAGCCGCGUGGCAGAGGACUACAUCUUGGCCACCUUCCCCAGCGUGGUGGCCACGCCGGCCUUCCUGGAUCUCCCUGCGCACGUCCUCAUCCGCCUCCUCCGUUCCGACGCUCUCAACGUCCUUCACGAGCUGGAGGCUUUGGAAGCAGCGUCCCGGUGGCUUCUGGCCAACGGAGACGGCCAAGAGGAUGUGGCCAAGGAAGUCCUGGCCUCUGUUCGCUUCGCCCUCAUGUCCACGUGGGAGCUGAAGAAGGUGCCGUCGGUGACUGCAGGGGUGGCGGACCCAAAGGUCGUCCGGGAGCUCAUAGUGGCCAGCUUGGCCCCCAUGGCCCAGCUGCCGUGUCGGGUGCGGUCCCUGCAGGAGGUGGUCGUGGUUUGCGGUGGGGAAAAGCUGGCGUCCAACCUGGCCGUCCGCAAGCCCAGCGAGCGCCUCUGGUUCGCCCACCGCUACCUCAGCGCUGUGGGGCUGGUGAAGAAGGUGGAGUGGAGGGCGCUGGGGCACUUCCCUGACGGCCCGCGCUUCCGCCACGCCAUAGCGGUGGUGGGCAACACCCUCUACAUCCUGGGCGGAAAGCACUACUACGGGGUCCGCGACACCCUGGCCAGUGUCUACAGGUACCAGCCCCUGGACGGCUCCUGGGAGCGCUUGGCCAGCAUGAGCUGCGGACGGAGCUACUUCCCUGCCGUGGCUCUUGGCGAUUCCAUCUACGCGCUGGGGGGCAGCUCUGGGGAGCUCUACUGCACAGACACCGUGGAGUGCUACGACGUGGCCACCGACACCUGGAGGCGGUGCCAGCCCCUGCCCAUGGCCCUGUGUGGGCACGCGGCGUGUGCCCUGGAUGGUGCCCUCUACGUGUCGGGGGGCUGUGAUGAGGCAUCCCAGUGCCAGGCGUCCCUCCUGCGCUACGUCCCGGGUGCUGCUGCCAAGCUCCUGGCCCCCAUGAAUGGCCCCCGGGCUGGGCACAUCAUGGAGGAGGCGGGCGGGCAGCUCUACGUGGCGGGGGGGCUGUGCCAGCGCGCCGGGCAGACGGGCUACAGGGACCAGCUGGCCUUUGAGGUCUACAGCCCCAAGCUGGACGCCUGGGUCCUGCUCAGCCCCCUGCCCCGCGCCCACGUCGUUGGGGGUGCGGCUGUGGUGGGGGGGGAGCUGCUCGUCCUGGGUGGGUACAGCCAUGAGACCUACCAGGACACCCACCUGAUCCAUGCCUACCAGCCCGGUGCCCGGCGCUGGAUCACCCGGGGCACCUUGCCCCAUGCCUACACUGAGCUCCAAGCUUGUGUCCUCACUCUCCCCCCUGCCCUGCGUGGCCCCAGCUGCCUCGAGGACCCCUCGAGGUCACCUGAAACCCCCAACAGUGCUUAGGGAGGCUUCAAAGCUCUGCACCCCAGGUACCCUGGCAUCCCUCGGUAUCCUCCAUGGGCACCUCUGUGGGACAAAGUCACCCCCAGAUCCCUCCUUCAGAAGGGGUUCUCCCCGUGGUUUCCAGCAGUGCCGCACCCCAGGGUAGGUGCCCUAGACUGUGGGGACCCCAUGGGACAGACCCCCCCCCACCGCAACCCUGUGCCUCCGGGGAUACUCACUCUCUGCUCCGAGCCCUUACUGGGAGAUGGGGAUCCCCCAGUUCUCCCCCAUACUUGGGUGGAAUAAAAGUGGCUCUGGAACCGCC